AUGGCGGACAGCAACAGCAACAAUUCUGGCGUCACCAGCCCCGUGUCCUCUGCUUUUGGCAUGCACAAGGGUGGAAGCCCGCGAAAUAGCGCCCGCCACAGCAUGGUCAUUCCCAGCCCCGAUAAGCUGAGCCUCGACCAAUUGUCCCUCGACAAGAGACACCUGGACCUCCGUGACGAGGUUCGCGCUCAAUCACCCUCUCGAACCGCUGUCCACUCCGAGGCUACCCGCAGAAUUCUCGCCGGUCUCGAUGGCGGCUCCGAAUUCAGCAAAACGUCGGGCUCGGGGCGCUCCAGCAUGGAUAGCGUCCGUAGCACCUCCAGCGCCGACUGGCCAACUCACCCGGGGGAGCUCAAUACCAUAAGCCAGCUCGCCUCUCUGCCCAUUGGCACAGAGGUCAACUUUAGAGCCCGAAUCCAUACCCAGCGGCAGCUCUCCAAGGCCCUCGACUUUCUCCUCCUACGCGACCAGACUCAAUCUGUCCAAGGUCUGCUCACCCGCGACAACAUGGACAUGGUCAGCUGGGUUCAGAAGCUUCAACCAGAGUCCUUGAUUCAAGUCUGCGGUACCCUGAAAGCCCCUCCUGAGCCCAUUCGUUCUGCUACUAUCCAAAAUGUCGAGGUCGAGAUUCAAGCUCUACACCUUGUCACCGCAGCCCACAACGCACCCUUUAGCAAUUAUAAACCCCCCGAGUCUCUGCGCAACCGCAUGGCCGCCCGUAUCCUCGACUUGAGACACCCAGCCAACCACGCCCUCUUUCGCAUUCGCUCCAUGGUCACCUCAAAGUUCAGAGAAACUCUCGAGAAUCAAGGCUUCGUUGAGAUUAAUACUCCCAAGCUGCAGCCUGCAGCCACGGAAAGCGGUGCCGCGGUCUUCAAGGUCAACUACUUUGGCCGCAACGCCUUCCUCGCCCAAAGUCCCCAGCUUGCCAAGCAGAUGGCCGUCUCGGGUGACUUUGGCCGUGUUUUCGAAGUCGGCCCAGUCUUCCGCGCCGAAAACUCAAACACCCAUCGUCACUUGACAGAAUAUACCGGCCUGGAUAUCGAAAUGGCCAUUGAGCACGACUAUCACGAGGUUAUCGACGUUCUUGAUGAGUUCCUCAAGUCUGUCUUUAGAGCCGUCUACUCCAUGCCCGAGGUCGCUGUCGUGCAAAAGCGCUGGCCGAGCAAGGAAUUCAAGUAUCUCGAUCAGACUCUCAUUCUAGACUUCCGCGAGGGUAUCAAGAUGCUCCGCGACGACGGUCGCAAUGUCGAGGAAGAGGAUCUGUCCACUCCCGACGAGAUGCGUCUUGGCGAGCUUGUCCGCGAAAAGUUUGACACAGAUUACUACAUUCUCGACAAGUUUCCUGCCAAUGCCCGUCCCUUUUAUACUCACAAAGACCCCGAAGACCCCUUCUGGACCAACUCAUUCGACAUCUUCCUCCGUGGUCAAGAGAUCUGCUCUGGUGGCCAGCGCAUCCAUGAUGCCCAGGAGCUUCGAACGAACCUAGCCGCCGCCGGCAUUCCUGAAGAGGGCAUGGAGGAUUACCUCGCUGCUUUCGACCUCGGCGCACCGCCCCAUGCUGGUGCUGGUCUCGGUCUGGAGAGAAUUGUCGCCUGGAUGCUCGAGCUCGGCGAUGUCCGUUACGCGUCUCUGUUUCACCGUGAUCCCAAGUCACUUCCCGAGCGCAAGCUAACCUCGCUACCCCACAUGGAUGCCGACACGACUAAGACGCUGGAGUCACCACCGUCGGUCGAGAACCUCAUUGCCAACUACGGUGAUGCUUCCAACACCUCCUGGCUAGACGAGAGAUUCAUCAUUUGGAGACACAGUACCGGUGCAGCCAUAGGUUAUGUAAGACAAGGAAAAUUCGCCAUGGUGACGGGCGACCCUCUCUGCGACGCCUCGCAGUACAAGGCCGUCACUACCGCUUUUAUCAAAUACGUCACAACCGAGCUGCAGCUCAUUCCCAUCUGGAUGCUUGUGUCGUACGAAGUACAAAAGAUUCUCGGCCGGGAGAUUGGCUGGCGCACACUAUCCUGCACAGAGGAGCAGCGCGUCAACGCCGACAAGAUUGCCACCAACAACGACGGUCCAAAGGCGCGCCGCGUCGAGCGCGAGGGCGUCAAGGUCCAUGAGGUCAAAGCCGACGAUGACUUUAUCCGCCGUGCGGACCCCGCCAUUGAAGCCUGGAAAGGCAACCGGAAGGGCAAGCAGGUCCACCUGACCGAGGUGCGGCCCUGGGUGGACAAGGAGCAUCGCCGCUACUUCGCCGCCGAAAAGGACGGUAAGGUCCAGGCUAUGGUGGUGCUCGCCAAGCUGUCGCCCAAGCACGGCUGGCAGGUCAAGUGGGCGCUCGACUUUCCCGGCGCCGUGAAUGGCGCCAUCGAGGUACUCAUCGGCCUCGCCCUCUCGAGCGUCUCGGGCCAGGUCACCUUUGGCGCCGGCGUCUCCCAGAAGCUCACGGCCGGCGAACACCUCCACGGCAUCCGCGCCCGCUUCCUCGCCACCACCUACAGCUCCAUUGUCGAGAGCCUUGGUCUCCGCCGCAAGGCCACGUUUCGCAGCAAGUUUGGCGCCCUCGGCGAGUCCGUCUACAUUUGUUACCCCAAGCACGGCGUCGGCCUGCGCGACUUGCGUGAGAUUGUCAAGUUUUUCCAAGAUUAA